AUUGCGUCUCACUGCGUCGCGUCUACAUGGAAAUCACAGUGUGAAGAAGAAUGUGUAAAGCGCACGAAGAAGAAUCCUGUCAAGCCUCGUGAAGCGGGAAUUGCAGCCCACUGUACCAUGGACUGGGGUGAGAGCGAGCUGCUGUCUCCGGGUGGUCCGAGAUGACUGGUGACGACCGGCCGCACGGAGGAUGAAGAAGGUGGCUUUCCCGUCGCCCGGCAGCCCCGUCCUGUCCUCUGUAACGCCAGCGCGCCCCAGGACGAGGACCACGCCGGCUUCACUCUUCAGACAGGCUGUAACUCCCAGGGUUCCAGAUGUCUCCUCCAUUUUAGCUCCGGGAGGUCGAACGCCUCGAUACACACACACACCCACAAACGCCUUCAGCGGUGGGAAUUCGGAUGACAGCGACUGGACCGACAGCGUCUACGUCUUCCCCACCCCGGGAAUGGAGAACAGCAGCUUCUUCACAGACGACAUCGCCAACCUGAGCUCCGCCCUGCUGAAGGAGGAUGACCCCGGCGAGGCUGCGGCUGCCAGUCUUUUUCCAGAAUUCCUAGAGUCCUUCCUGAAGCACUCUUCCACUGCGGUGUUUGAGCUGCUGGAGGAGUACCAGCUCAUCCUGCAGGACAAGGUGGACGUUCUGCAGUCUGUGGUCCUCAGAGCGGGUCAGAACAGUAAGACGGCAGGAGUCCGCUGGCUGCUGCAGCAGGAGAACUGCUCCUGGAGACUCAUCACCUCCCUGUACAGGGACCGGGUCCAGUUGGAGCUAGAAGAGGACAUUGUGACCGACAUGGUGGUUCCCAGUGAGAGUGAGAAGGUCGUGGUUGAGCAGCUUUUUCAGCGGGAUGCUGUCAUACGUCAGAGUCAGCUUGUUGUUGAUUGGCUCGAGAGCAUUGCCAAGGAUCAGAUUGGAGACUUUUCUGAUAACAUAGAAUACUACGCCAAGAACGUCUGCUGGGAGAACACCCUGCACGCGCUGAAGCUGAGGAGGAAGAGCGGCGCUGCCUUCUCCAUCCCUCUGGUCACUGAGCUGGACCCAGACGCUCCCCUCCGGCAGCAGCGCCCGCUGGCGAACUUGGACAGAGAGGACGACGCCCGACUGCUGAAGAACCUGUUCACCCUGAUCAGAGCCGGGAUGACGGAAGAGGCCCAGCGGCUGUGUAAGCGCUGUGGUCAGGCCUGGAGAGCAGCGACUCUGGAAGGCUGGAAACUCUACCACGACCCCAACAGGACCUCAGUGAGUGCAGAGCUGCAGGCGGUGGAAGGAAACCCUCAGAGAGGAAUCUGGAAGACGUGCUGCUGGAGGAUGGCAGAGGAGGAGCAGCUGAACCGCUACGAGAGGGCGAUCUACGCCGCGCUCAGCGGGAACCUCAAACCGCUGCUGGUGGUGUGUGAGUCGUGGGAGGACUGUGUGUGGGCUCACUUCAGAGUGAUGGUGGACUCGCUGGUGGAGAAGGAUCUGAUGUCGUCGGGUAUGGCCCAACAGGAAGUGGAGAUGCUUCCGCGGGAAUACCUGGAGGCCAAUUGGACGAUGGAAAAGGUGUUUGAGGAACUUCAAGCCUCCGAGUUGAAGAGGGUGUUGGAAGAGACAAAAGAACAUUACCACGUCAUCCAGAAGUUUGUCAUUCUGGGAGAUCUGGACGGUCUGCUGGAGGAGUUUUCUGAUUGGCUGACAGCCUCUAAGCCCCUCCCCUCCCACAUGCUGCGUUUCAUGACGCACCUGCUGCUGUUUUACCGCUCUCUGGGUUUGGCUCUGAAGGAGGAAGUGUGCGUGGACGUCCUGAAGGCGUACGUCUCCCUCCUGAUCCGGGAUCAGCAGACGGAGCUCGUGGCGAGCUACGUCAGCCAGCUGCCAGCCGACCUCGCCACCGUCCAGUACGCCGCCUUCCUGGAGACGGUCAGCCAGCCGGAGCUGCGUCCUCGUUGCCUGCAGCUCGCCACGGACGCCGGUCUGGAUGUUGCCGCGGUAACCAAGCUGGUGGUGGAGAGUGUGCGGGAGAGCGACGCCACAGAGUUCACGCACCACAACCAGACGCUGGAGAUCGGGACCACGAAGGAGGACCUAAGGAAGAUUGACGUCAUCGAUUGGCUGCUUUUCGACCCCGCCCAUCGAUCAGAGUCCCUGAAACAGUCCAACGCCAUAAUGAGGAAGUUUCUGGCGCUGCAGAAACACGACGCAGCCAAGGCGGUCUUCUCUAAAGUUCCAGAGGAUUCAAUGAGGGAGAUUUACUGCCAGUGGUCGGAGGUCGGUCAGACCACGCCCCUUCCUGCUGAGGACGAGAACGCCAUCAGAGAGCACCUGUGUAUCAGAGCCUACCUGGAGGCUCACGAGGCGUUCACUGAUUGGUUCAGCCACAGCAGCUCGCCCCCCCAGAAGCCGGCACCCGCCUCCGAGGCCAAAUUCACAGAGCGAGUGGCCAAUGAGAUGAGAGAAAAGGAGUACCAGGCCGCUCUGUCUUCGUGGUCGUGCCGUCUGGACGUCCUAACGGAAGAUGUGAAGGAAAGAAUCUACAACGUGCUGCUGUUCGUAGACGGAGGCUGGAUGAUCGACAACAGAGAGGACUCCGAGCCGGAUCCGGAGCGCGGCCACCAGACGGCGGCGUUGCGCUCGCUGUGUCUCCCCCGCCUCACCUUCCUGCUGCUUAGCGUGCUGCAGAACUCCUCCAGGCACCAGGAGGCCCUGCGCCUCGCUGACAUCAUCUCCUCGGACCAGCACCGCCUCUACCAGGUUUUCUCCAAAGAGGAGCUGAGGAGAUUCCUGCAGAAGCUGAGGGAGUCGUCGCUCGCUCUGCUGGACCAAGGACUCGACCCGCUGGGCUACGAGCUGCAGCCAUGAACACACACACACACACACACAUCGGUGUUUGAACCACUGUUGUCUUUGUUCAUCUUUUUUUGCUAAAUAAAAGCCUGUUUUCCUAUA